UCUGAUCAUACCUGCAUUCACGCAUGGCUGACUGGAUGGUGCUGAAGAUGCUGUGGCUGAGCUGCGCAGACUGCGGAGCACGGUGCACGAUUUCACAAUGGCCUUAAAGACGACGAGGACACGGAGACGGCGGACAGCGAGCGGCAUCUGAAGCCCAGCCUGGUUGUUGUUUAUGUGAGCCGAGAAGAUGUAGCUAAUAUCCCGGAGAAAGCCAGGGAGAGGGAGAGAAAGAGAGGGAGAAAGACAGAGAGAGAGAGAAGGGAGGAUGCUAGGCGGAUUUCAACAGCAUGACUAGAUGUUAGCCUGCUGAAACAUGGGCUCACAAGUCAUACAGACGCUAAGACAAGGGGUGUGGGCUUCACUGACCGGGGGAUGGUACCACGACCCGGACCAGAAUAAAUUCAAUAACUCCUGCCACCUCUACCUAUGGCUGUUCCUGCUGGUGCUGCCCCUGUCCCUGCAUCUGGCUCUUCCGCCCACCACCCUGGCCCUCAGUAUAUACUGCACCUCGGUGACUGUCUUCUUCGUCCUCAUUAAGAUGGUGAACUAUCGCCUUCAUCUGAUGUUUGAUGAAGGUGAAAUUGUGGCCCAGAAUAGCGUGUCUGACAUCAGCAAAGGUGCAGACAAGAAAAGUAAUGCGUCUGACUCCUGUCUGGCAGCAAGCCUGAGAAAGAGCAGCACAGUCCCUGAUAGUGUUGCUAUGACAGUACUGGCUAGAAACAGGCCAAGUCCAGUAAUUCAAGUCACAGUGAAGCAGACUGAAACAGACCCUGGGCUGAUUGGGGAGUGCCCAAAGGAUGACUCAAAAAACACGGAUGGCCCAGAUGACACUUCUUCUCAGAAGAAGACCAAGGAGAAAAGAUCGACUGAAGAUAGACUGACCCCUGAAGAUGCGUUUAGCCCCAACACUGACCAGUCUGCCCCCCUCCUGCAGGGAGAACAGAGGCAGCCAGUCCAGGGCGACAUGGCCGAUGAAGGGCUGCCUCCUUCUGCUGGCAGCGAGGAGGAGAGCGAUGACGAAUCGGUAAAAGAGAAGGUCCUAAACUUGGACCCCAACAACAACAACAGCCUGUCUCCAGAGUUCACACAGGAAAGUGAGGAGCAAGAGAAGCCAGAGGAGAACUAUUGCUCAGAUGAAAUCGCUGUAGUGCUGGUGGACAACUCUGGCCCGUCUGUUCAUCUGGACGAGACGGACACAGUGAAGAUCAUCAUCACCAUGAGCUGUGAUCCGCAGACAGCAGCCGAACUGGAGGAGUCAGUCAAACUCAGCAUCUUGGAGUCUGCCCAGUCUCAUCUGGCCCAGCAGGAAAUGGUUGGGGGAGACUGUUCCGUCAAAAUCCCAGUCAUCACCUUCGAUUCACCCCAUGAAGAGGAAGAGGAACAGAAGAUGGAUGUCUGUCCUGAAGAAAAAGAAGAAGAUCCUCCAAUUUCCAGCGAGAUAUCGGCUCUGCAACGGUCUGUGGACCAUGAAAGCCAUGCCUCUAAUGAGCCGACUGAUCCAGAACCUUCCCAGGACGGCCAACAACACGACGGGGAGAACCCAAGUCCCCAGCUGACUUAUAACAGCUCCUCAGGCAUUGACGUGCACUCCCAUCCGGACGAAACUGAUCCGACCGAGCUGAAGUCAGACGCUGAUGGAUUCCUGCAAAUCCCUUCUGGUUUCAGAAGGAUUGGUCCUGGAGGAAGAACGCAUGUGAGAGGACUGAGCAUGGACAGUGGGAGAGACGCUGUCCUCAUUGGAAAUCGAGGCAAAGACAAGGCGCAAACCAUGACCUCUUCUAAAUCAGACCUAGAGGCCAAAGAGGGCCAGCUGCCCAAUGAGUCCAACUUUGUGGAGUUUGUUUCAAUGUUGGAGUCGAUCAGCAGUACCAGAGGUGUUGGAGGGAAGCAGGCAGAGGGGGAAGUGAAGGAGGAUGAGAAAGCCAAAAAAGAAGAGAAUACCAAUGAAGCUGUGAAGAACUCAGAAAAUGAGGAUAUAUCUGGUAAACAGGACCGUCCGAACCCUCCGAGCACGCUCGCUACAGACACACUGCGCACCAUUCCAGAGAAACUGAUUCCCAUAGUUUCUCCUGACAGUCCUCAGACAGAUAAGGAGAGGGAUCCAGACUAUGACUCCCUUCCAUCUCAAACCUCCCAAUCAGAGAGCUCCAUGCUGCAGGUUAUCUGCAGACCAGAAGCAACGUCCAAAGAGGAAGCAUACACCUUUCACACAGUCCAUAGAGACAGACCUCGAAAGCUGUACAACGAAAGAGCCCUAAACUUACCCCUCGGAGCUGAACUCAUCACAGGCAACAUAUGUGAUCUCCUUUCCACAUCUUCAAACUCUGAGUGCCAGGAUGUGUUAGUGGGCGGGCACUCUGACUGUCCAUUCCAGCGCCGUAUCAUUCCAGCUCACAGGCUCCGGCCCAGGAGGACACACCCAGAGAUCUUCCAGGAGGAGGACUCUCUUGAUGAAUCCUCUGACACAACUACUCAGGAAAAGCCCUCCCGGAAGUUCUACUAUAAGCUCAAAGUUUUUCCUGGGAAAUGGAUCAAUAUUCUGUAUGAUCGGUUAACCCUGUUGGCCCUAUUAGACAGGAAUCAGGAUGUGAAGGAGAACAUGGUUGCAGUGUUCUUAGCGUUCCUGGUAGCUUUCCUGGGGUUUGCGCUCCUGAACCAGGGCUGUUUCAAAGACUUCUGGGUUUUCCAGUUUUGCCUUGUCAUUGCUAGCUGUCAGUAUUCCCUACUGAAGAGCGUUCAGCCUGAUGCAGCUUCACCUACUCAUGGACAUAAUCAGAUUGUCGCUUACAGUCGAGCUGCAUAUUUCUGCAUGUUCUGUGGCCUUAUUUGGGUUUUGGAUUCAGUGUUAAAAGGACCAGACCUUCCCGUGUCCACCAUAUAUGGUGUUACCAUUGCUGUGUCGGACACCCUCCAGGUUGUUCAAGAUGUUUUAAUUGGGUUUACAUACUGUUUCCCGUUAAGCUUUCUCUUUGGUCUUCUUCCACAAAUCAACACAUUUGUCAUUUACUUUUUAGAACAAAUUGAUAUGCAUUUAUUUGGCGGGACAGCUGCAACUGGACUGCGUUCAGCCAUCUACUGUAUAGUGAGGAGCGUGCUGGUGUUAAUCUUACUGUAUGGAUUCUGUUUCGGUGCUCUGAAGGAACCGUGGGAUGAGCAGCACAUCCCGGCCCUGUUCUCUGGGUUCUGUGCCCUGCUGGUGAUCCUGUCGUACCAUCUCAGUCGACAAAGCAGUGACCCCUCCCACCUAUUCUCUUUGAUUAAAUCCAAACUGAUGCCGGUGCUGGGGGACAGUGAGAUAGAGGAAGAGGAGACUGAGAUAAUGGACCCUCUUCCAGAAAAGCUCAGAACUUCAGUGAGCGAGAUUUUGCUCUCAGAUCUGGUUGUCUGCACUGUUGCAUCGGUUUUGACGUUUGCAGUAACAGCCAGUACAGUCUUCCUGUCUUUAAGGCCCUUUGUCACCAUAGUGCUGUAUGCCCUGGCAGCAACUGUGGGGUUUGUUACCCACUAUCUGAUCCCUCAGCUGCGGAAGCAUCACCCCUGGCUGUGGAUCUCCCACCCUGUGCUUAAGAGUAAGGAGUACUCUCAGUUUGAACCAACAGAGGACGCUCAGCUAAUGUGGUUUGAGCGGCUUUAUGUUGGACUCCUGAGCUUUGAGAAGUACAUUGUGUACCCUGCCAUCGUUCUCAGUGCUCUGACCAAUGACGGCUUUGCCUUGAGCCACAGGAAAAAGCUGGGUAUACACUGUGAUGUCUUGUUGAUGACAGUUGCUGGGAUGAAGCUCCUUCGCACUUCCUUCUGCAAUCCCAGCUACCAGUUCCUUACACUCAUCUUCACCAUCAUCUUCUUCGAGUUCGACUACAGCAGUGCGUCCGAAACCUUCUUGCUGAACUUCUUCCUCAUGUCCAUAGUCUUCCACAAGCUCUGGGAUCUUCUCCACAAGCUGCACUUCAUCAUGGUGUAUAUAGCUCCCUGGCAGAUAGCAUGGGGGAGUGCAUUUCACGCCUUUGCUCAGCCCUUCGCUGUCCCACAUUCUGCCAUGCUGCUGCUGCAGACGUUGAUCACCACACUCUUCUACACGCCACUGAGCCCAUUCCUCGGCAGUGCCAUCUUCAUCACCUCCUACCCACGGCCCGUCAAGUUCUGGGAGAGGAACUAUAACACAAAACGCGUUGACAACUCCAACAGCAGACUUGUGUCCCAGGUUGACAAGGAGACUGGAUGUGACGACAACAACCUAAACUCCAUCUUCUACGAGUAUCUGACGCGUUCGCUGCAGCACUCUCUGUGUGGGGAUCUGAUGCUGGGCCGCUGGGGGAACUACAGCACGGGGGACUGCUUCAUCCUGGCCUCAGACUACCUCAACGCCCUCGUGCACAUCAUCGAGGUGGGCAACGGCCUCAUCACCUUCCAGCUGAGGGGGCUGGAGUUCAGGGGGACGUACUGUCAGCAGAGAGAGGUGGAGGCCAUCACUGAGGGGGUGGAGGAGGAUGAUGGUUGCUGCUGCUGUGAGCCGGGUCACUUGCCUCACCUGCUCUCCUGCAAUGCUGCUUUCAACCUGCGCUGGCUGGCAUGGGAGGUCACCACCACCAAGUACCUGCUGGAGGGCUACAGCAUCAGCGAGAACAACGCUGCUACCAUGCUGCAGGUCUACGACCUGCGCAAGCUGCUCAUCACUUACUACCUGAAGAGCAUCACCUACUAUCUGGUGAUCAACCCAAAGCUGCAGACGUGGCUUAAAGAGCAGGCCAUGCUGGAAGCCCUGCAGCCCUACAGUAAAUGGCACCACAUAGAGAGGGACCCAGCUGUGUUCAGCGUGAAGAUCGACGAGGAUUACGUUCACUGUCUGCAGGGCGUCACCAGAGCCAGCUACUGCAAUGUCUACCUAGAGUGGAUUCAAUACUGUGCCGGCAAAAUGGAAGAACCAGUGGACAGUGAUGAGGACUCUCCUCUGGUCACUCUGUGUUUUGCUCUCGCUGUGCUGGGCAGGCGUUCGCUUGGCACAGCAUCGCAUAACAUGUCCAACAGUUUGGAGUCUUUCCUCUUCGGCUUUAACACCUUGUUUAAAGGAGAUUUCCGCAUCGCGACUAAGGAUGAGUGGGUUUUUGCUGACAUGGAUAUGCUGCAGAAGGUUGUGGCACCUGCUGUCCGGAUGAGUCUGAAGCUUCAUCAGGACCACUUCACCAGCCUGGAGGAGACGGAGGAGCCGGCUGUGCUGUAUGAGGCUAUCAGCACGUACAGGAGCACUCUGGUGAUCUGUGAUGAGAGCGACCCCGCAUGGCGUAGAGCGGUACUGUCCAGCCGAGACACUCUGCUCACUCUGCGCCACAUGGUGGACGACGGGACGGACGAGUACAAAAUAAUCAUGCUCUACAAACGCUACCUCAGCUUUAAAGUCAUCAAGAUCAAUAAAGAGUGUGUGCGUGGGCUGUGGGCCGGACAGCAGCAGGAGCUGAUUUUCCUGCGAAAUCGCAACCCGGAGCGCGGCAGCAUCCAGAACUCCAAGCAGGCUCUGCGCAACAUGAUCAACUCCUCCUGCGAUCAGCCGCUGGGAUACCCCAUGUUCGUCUCUCCGCUUAUUACAUCCUACAUGGGCACACACCAACAGAUGAGGAACAUCUGGGGUGGACCCCUCAGCCUGCAGAGCAUCCGCACCUGGCUCUUCUCCAGGUGGCUCCGUGUCAGGAAGGACAAUCUGACCAGCUGUAACAGUGGAGUGAACAUGGAGGAUGUGGACUGUGGCGGAUCCUCCGUCAGUCAGAACCACAACUCCAUCACCUCUCAAAGUGCUAGUGUGCACCAGGGCCGGCCACGGAGCUCGCACGGCAGACACCACAGCUCCGGCCGGCGGGAGUACCGCAGUCGUUCAGUUCAGCCUCAAGGCCAGCGGCCCCCUGUCACCAGCCAUUCGGGGCCCAUCCUGGACAGCCAGCACGGCUCUGGUGCCGGGGGACCCGGGCUGAUGCAGCGUCUCUCCAACAGUCAGCUGUCCUUCAACACCUCCUCUAUCGCCUCAGUCUUCUCGCAGGUUCCCCGUCUGUCUACAGCGGGUCCUCUGCCUGCCGGUCAGCAGCGCUCCAGCCAGGCCUCGUCCUCUAGCUCCACGCUCAGCCUGCUGUUCGGCAAGCGCAGCUUCUCCAGCGGCCUGGUCAUCUCCGGCCUGUCUGCGGCUGAGGGGGGCAACACCAGCGACACGCAGUCCUCCAGCUCUGUUAACAUCGCCCUCGGCCCAUCUGCUCGCUCUGCAAGCCGAGCCACGCAGUGGACCUCAGAAGCCUACGAGAGUAUAGACGCCAGCUCUACAGUGGUAACAGCGCCCAAGGACAACACAGCGAAUGAUGAUAAACCCUCAGAGCAAAGCAUGGACAAGAGCCAGGAGGAGUCCACCUCAGCCUUUCACGAGGCACCAGAGCAGAAAACCAUCUGAUACAUCCUCCUGCUGCCUCACCAGACAUUCUUAAACCAAACCAAUACAGGUUUCCCACCGAACUGGGCAGAGAUCAUGAGAUAGAAAAGACUCAGGCUGUGGGCAAAAGCUUGUACUGCCAUACUGACUUUCUUUUGCCAUAAUCAGUUUAAUAUUAUUGGUUAGAUCAGUUUUAAGCGCUCACUGUUUUCAGAAACAUUUUCACUCAGAAUCUGCCUAUGCCUCAGACUAGUUCAGGUUCCCAGUGCAUUCUCACACAAACCCCGCAGACUAGAGGAAAGAGAAAUGAGAACACAUGCAGUCAGAGUAGCCAGAGCAGCACCUGCACUGGAGUAGAUAGAGGUCACUACAGACAGUUACCAGUAGACAGUAUGAGCUUUCGCCUCAGUGUGGUCAGUGAGCUCAGCAACGUGAAGGUCCAUCAGUAGUGAACUCCACAAACAGGCACUGAAGCCUCAUUGAAGCAUGUAGCCUUCUCUUGCAAAAAAAAGAAAAAAACUAAAUAUAUUUAGCAGGUUGUGGAUCUAUGACUGAAUAGUCAUUAUAAACUGAUGAAAAAUGUGAGUGACAAGGCACUGAAAUUUGCCAAAUAUGGAGAAACGUAAGAAUGAAGGUGUUUAAGGUAAGAGGACGGUUGGGAGUAUAGAUAUGGUAAGAAGCCCUGUUUGAGCUGGACCAGUUUUACCUAGGAGAGGGUUUCUAUAACGAAAGUCAUCACCAACAAGGUCCUUUAUUAAUUAAUUAAUUAAUUAAUUAAUUUAUUUAUUUAUUUAUUUAUUGGUGGGGGUUCAAUUAGACAUGAGAAGAAAAAUGAAGGGCCUGGCUGAGCUGAUAAAUUCAGCAGGGACUUGUUUCACUGGUCACUACAGUUUCAGUGUGCUUGGUCUUUAAAAGGUAUUUCAAUUUCGAUAUUUCUUUUUGGAUCGCAAAAACCUUUAAAAUUUUGUAAGAAAAACCUUUAGGAUUGCAAAAUUCUCCACAUUUCUUCUAAAUCGCAGAAAUAUUCUAAAUAUUAUUUUUUUUAAUUGGCAAAACUUCCAAUUUUUAUUAUCUCAAACACUUUCCAAAUUUUGAAAGUUUAAAUCACAUAUGUAGUUUUUUUGAAAACUUUCUGAACUGUAUAAACUUUCCAAAUUUCAUGCAAAAAAAAAAUCCAAAUGUUUUAAAUCGAAAUAAAUUUCCAAAUCUUGUUAAAACGUUUUGAAUUGCCGAAACUUUCCGAAUUUGGAAAGUUUGAAUCACAUGUUCAAUUUUGAAAACUUUCUAAAUUGCAGAAACGUUACAUAUUUUAAAAGUUUAAAUCACAAUUUCGUUUUUUUUAAACGUUCUGAAUUGCAGAAACUUUACAAAUGUUGUGCAAACUUCCUGAAUUUAAAAUGUUCAGGAAACUGUGAAAAUUGUAAAAGCUAAAAAAUGAAAUCAAAUUGUUAAAUGGUUCAAAUUUUGCAUCACCUGAACUGCAGUAAGAAUAUCUUUAGCCAUUAGAAUGCAACUGUUGUGAAUUUGAUCAAGGGAAGUUUAAUUUGCUGAUAAACUGAUGGUAGGGUUUGUGGGAAUGUGAGGAAGUUCCAGCGGUAAAACUAAUCCAGCUCUAAUAGCGCUUAAAGCUUCUUCUCUCUGAGUCGCAUAGAGGAGACAACCAAUGCAAAAAAUACAGUUUCUUACAAAAAACAAACACAAAAACAUCUAUUACAUCACAGUCAUUUCUCUGUGCAUUUUGCAAGGCCUGAUCAUCAUGGUCAUCUCACUGUCACUGUCUGGUGUUCAUUUGUGUGUCGUCACUGUCUGAUUGGUUUUUGAAGCAUGGACACAAAGACAUUCCUGGGAGCUGUGCAGUUUAACUGUGCAUGUACAGUGCUUCUCUUAGACCAAUAAACCAUUUCUAAUGUCUUCAGUAAGAGAGAGAGAGGACCUGGUGGCUCUUCCUGCUCUGUCCUUUAUAAUACCGGUAGAUGGAUGAACUGAAAGUGAUGUAAAGCUAAAGAUGUGAAUCACAGCAUCAGUAACAGCUACUGAUUUGUGAUUUCAUACAAAUCUGUCAGUAUAAAGCAUAUCUGCUUUAAUACUUUUACGCUUUCUCGCUAAUGUGCUUUAUUCUUUUCUGUUUAUCUAAAACCAUUUUUAUUUAGUUUAUUUAAUAGUUUUAUCCAAUAAUAUAACAGAUGUGUGGUUAAUGUGUGAAUGGUACCUCGCAAACAAACAUAAGACCUCAUUUGAAUAUACAGCUCUGGAAAUAAAUAAGAAACCACUUAAAAAUUAUGAG